UCUGUGUGCGUAUAGAUAGAGAUACACGCGUCCAUGCGAUUUACAUACACAAAAAUCACACACACGUAUACGGUAUACUGUUAUAUAUACACACAUCUCGACGCAAAGAAAGAAAAAAACAUCGAUAUCGUCUUCUGAGACUUCUGAGACUUCUUUCUUUAGCUAACACGAAAAAAAAGGAUGUAUUGUCUUCAAGUUGCAGCUUAUCACUUGUUCUUCAACGCAUCUCAGAUAUGUUAUCUUCUUGCCCUGGUUAUUUUUGUCUUUCUCAGAUUCUUCGAUGUGUUCCAAAAUAUCUCAGCAGUGAAUCAAGUCGGCGAGCUCGGAGCGACGUCGUUUUUAAGGUUUGCCGAUAAACAACAAGCUAAGGGAGAUUUUAAUGUAACAUUCUCUGGUGUUUUCUUUGCAUCUGCAAUCAAAGAUAUUGCUGGUAUAGUUUUGUAGUUAAUUUUCUGUUGUUUAUGUACUUAUCGUUAUAAUUAAUCAUAAUUAGUAACGAUGUUAAAAGCAAACGUUCCAGUCUUAUCACGAUCAUAAGUUCCUUUA